AGCUUUUUUUUAAAGUAAAUUAGUAUCAAAAGUCUUCCUUAUUAAGUUAUUUACAAUUAUUUUGUUGUUUUCAACUACAAAGAUCAUGGUAUACCACAAUUUUUCUGCCGUACGUACAGAAACAAAAUUAUGUAUUCUGCUGACUGCAUUCGUAAAUCGACGAUUUUGAAUUACUUUGCAUUUUAUUUAUUGUAAUAUAUUUUUGGGAAAAUUAAUUAAUAGUAUGCUGAUUUCAACUCCAAAUUAAUUCGAAUUUGAAUGUCUUAAUUGCUGCAUAUAUAGGAAAUUGUGGUUUGUUGUGCAAAAAUUGCGCGCUCUCGUCUGAAAACGUUCGAAAUAUCGAGUAUUUUUUAUGUGGUAGCCAUUUUUAAUUUGUAUUCGUUCCUAUACGUUUCUCCCAACUUUCGUCGAUAUAAAUAGCUAUCCCUUUCUUUUAAGAACUAAAAAAAAUGGCGUCGGAUUUUGUUUCUAUCUCACAAUUGCCUUCAGUUUAUAUUUUUUAGUUGUAACUAAAGUCAUCUCUCUUUAACAUAUCUGGCGUUAAAUGUAGUUUUUCUGUAAAUAUAUAACGCUGCUCUUAUUACACAUGUAUCAACUAUAUCCACUAGUUUGCUAUUUCAACGCUUUCAAUGUGUACUCUUUUGCAGCUAGUUAAGUUGGCUGUGAACGCAAUUGUCAAAAGCAAAAACUGAAGAAAAAUUUCAGCAGAGCACUGCGUACGAAAUAAGCAAGCUCAAGCUGCCAUAUUAAGGCAAGAUUUUUUGGGGAAAAGUGUUAAUUAAUAUAAUUAAAUGUGAAUUAAUUUGCGUAUUGUUUACGUCAUUGUUAGUGUAAAAGUUUGCGAUUUGUUUUAAACAAUUUAAUCUGCAACAUCAAAAGCAUACAACGAGCAAAACCGAAAUUAUUCCUAAAACGAUAUAAGUGAACUAUUUUACUAGUCUAGAAGGCAAUUUAAGUGAACUGCAUAGUUUGGUAUUGAAAAUAACGACAGUGGAAUCUCCAAAAAUAAAACGACGCUUUAACCGCAAACCCAGGAAGCGUAAACGGAAUCGCAAACACAACAUAAAUAACGCAGGUUACGUUCGAACGGAAUUUGUUGUGUGACGUCUUCUUUUUAAACACAAAAUUACACGGAAACAAUUCGCGACAAACCGAAAUUUACUGAAAAAACAGAUAAAGUAACAUUUGCCAGAUUUACUUGGUAGCUACAGACCUAAAUUGAUUACUAAAUAAUUUGCGCAGUGUUAGAGCAGAACGCUAGUUGUAAAAGUGCACGGUGUUUCACAAUUGAGAGCAAACAGCAGUUUAGUGAUGUCCCCUGAUGUAAUGGCUUACAAUGUAAUGUUCAGAAAAAUUAGAUAUUCCCGCAACUACGAAGCCAAAAACGUUUGUCUAACCACAACAACAACCGUAUCAGCACAUCUAGCAGCAGCAGCAGCAAUUUCAAACACCUUUUCUAAAGCUUUUCAACUAAUUACAACACCAAUCAGUCACUACAAGGCUUACAACCAUAGCAAGUACCUAACACUUUGUUGCGCAUUAAGCCCCCAUGUGGGUGGGGGACCGCCUCCAACUACAGUAGCGAUAGGAUUAGCAGCUGAUUUAAAUAAUGAUAAUAGUUAAGUGUGCGAAAUUCGAAAGCGAAGAAUUCUAAAUUCGAAUACAUGCUCAUUUAGCAUAAACCAAUUUAUUUUGAAAAAGGAUUAAACGGUGUAAUUACAAUAAAAAAAAAACAAGAAUCGUUUACAAUAAAUAUUAUUUGCCUUGAGUUGCGCGUUAAAAUUGAACACAAAUUUAAUUUUUUGAUAAUAAUUUCGAAGUUUCCAAUAUUCGUUGCACGUACUGAUGCCACAGACGCAUACACAAUACCGAAAAUAAUCGUUGUAUAACAUUGCUUAGCGAAUAAUGCCAUUGCAAUCGUCUGGUAUAAUUGUCGUAGAGAAGCCAAAAACAGCAGUGACAACACAAGCAGGCAGUGUAGCAGCAACAACCGGUGUGGUAGCUGCGACAACAAAUUUAGCCACACAACAGACGCAGUCACAAUUUUUUCAAACAAAACCGAUUGCAACAGCAAAGGCAGCAACAACAGUUGGUAAAUAUUUCGAAUAUUAUGGUGCGAAUGAUGUGCGAAAAUCGCAACAACAACAGCAACAGCAGCAUCAGAAACAACUACAACAACAUAAUGUUGCUAGCAGCAACAGCAACAGCAGCAGUAGUAGUAGUAGUAGAAGCCAAACACAGUUGCCACUAAUGCGACGUGCAGUGCAGCGCAGUAGCAGCAACAGCAAUAAUACUAUUAAUAAGUGUAACAACAAUACUAUAACGACAACAACAACGAAUACGAAAAUAAAACAUAUUAAUGUAAAGCAGCAGCAGCAGCAGCAGCAACAACAAACGCAAUCAAUACAGAUGAAUCAACAACAACACCAACUUAUACAGCAUACCACAAUCCAUCAACAGCAUCAGCAGCAGCAACAACAAAUUCAUCAACAACAGUCGUCACACCAGCUGGCCACACAGCUGCAUACGAGCCAGCCCAAGCAGCAGCAACAGCAACAUGUGCAAAAGCAGCAUCAGCUGUCACAACAAAUGCAUACAACACAACAGCAAAAAUCGCAGCAGCAAACACAGCCACAGCAGCAGCAGGUGAUACAAGUAAGUGAGGAAUUCAUUGAACAAGCGACUGCGUCAGGUGCCACCAAUAUGAUGAUAUCCACAACAACCGGCGAGGUGCUAAAUCCACAAAUCUUCAAAAUCGUUGCCACAGAUGGCACCACCGGCAACAUGAUAAUUGAUGGCGGCAGCGCUACAGCCGUCGGUGGCGGUCAAUCGAAAGUGUUGCUCAGCAAUUUGACUGUGUUGGCCAAGCCUACACCCAAUACAACGGGCGCAACGACAACAUCGGCGGUGAAUGUUGGCGCUGGUGGUGGCUUAACCGCGCAACAACAACAGCAACACACGAUUAGUGUUAGUAGCGGUGGUCAAGCACAACAGGCACAAACCAUUAACUAUAUGAGCACUAAAAACCUAUCAUAUCUGACUACAGCAGCAGCGGCGGCUACACCAAUCACCACUGGCGGUGGAAAAACACAAAAAUAUACCGUUACAGGCACAUAUAAGACCGGUGUCAAGCAACAGUCGCAACAAUUGACUUCCACAACAUAUAUACAACAGCCACAGCAGCAAGUCGGCCAGAAUGCGGCGCAGGGCACGCAGCAAACGCAGCAAUUGUAUCAGAAACUCUCUGUGCCGCGUCACGUGCAGAUGGUUACGCGCGUGCAGACGGUUGUGCAACAGCCAACGGCGGCUGGUACGUCGAUGACAGCAAACACAGGCCAACAACAGUCACAGCAGCAGCAACAACAACAUACGCAGAUGUUGGUGCAACCGGUGGUGGGUGGACAAAAGUAUUUAAGUAGCAGUGCAACAACGAAGAGCGUGAACGUCACCGGCACUGGUGGCAACAUGUUGAAAAAGUCGAAUAGCUUGAAAGUGGCGCAUGGUGGUGGCAAAGUAUUGAAUAGUCUGCAAAUACAGCAGUCUCCGGGUGUUAAAACUACAUAUAUAACGCAGCAACAGCAACAGCAACAACAACAGUAUCAAUUGCAUCAGCCGCAAUAUCAGAGUGGCACGGCCGGUGCCAAAGUGAAGACUUCCAAGUUGCUGAAACAAUACAAUAAUGUCGGCAGUGGCGGCGUAAAUAUGUUGCAGCAACAGUCACUGGGCACAUACACCAUAAGCAACAGCGGAGGCGGCCACAAACUGCAACCGACCACAACAAAGGUGACCAAAAUGGCCAACAGCAAGUAUGCGACGCACCAACAGCAGCUGCAACAUGUCACAACAUUGCCACAAGGCACACAUCUGCAUCACAAAACCUUGCCACAACAACAACAACAGCAUCAAUUCACGACCGGUAACAAUAAUGUGGUAACGCUCGCAACUAGCGGUGGCAAUAAUGGCAAUAGCGCCACGGUGAAUGUUGCCAACAACGCUGGCAAUACAAUAAAAUUUGUAAAUUCUGCGCAUGCAACGGUCAUACAACAACAUCAGACGCAAACUUUGCCCAUGCAACAGCAGCAGACCAAAGUGACACUGCGCCAGCAUCCGCAGCAGCAGCAGCAGCAAUUGCAAUUUGUUGAUGCACCAACAACAACAAACAUUGCUAAAGAUAACAGUGGCAGCAAUGCCAUAUACCAGCAGCAACAGCAAGUACAAGCUGGCAAUAACAACAGCAAUACGGCUGCACAAUCCUUGCUGAACGAUGACAUAAUGUUCGUGAAUGGCACACCGAUGACGGAUGAGGUGUCGGCGCGCAUAUUGCAAAGCAUGGCGCAAAAAUCGUUUAGCAAUCAGCAACGCUAUCAGCAGCAACAGCAAACGAAGGUGGCAGCCAUGCCACCACCAGCACAGCAGCAGCAGCAACAACAACAAAUAGUGCUGCAACAUACUUCACCGACGUCAGUGUUGCUUUCGCCCAAAGAAUAUCCUCUCUAUAGCGGUAAUCAAUUGACGUCGCAACAGCAACACGGAGCGCAGCAACAACAACUGUCAGCAACACCUACCAUAAGUACACAAUACACGAAUGCAGUGCAUCAGACGCCUGUCUCUGCGAACGCUGGCGCCGCUUACUUGCCAACCGGAGCUGCCGCUAAUGGCAAUGCAGUUUAUGCAACAAUACCCGCAACGGGCAGCAGUAUAGGACGUCAAACGCACAGCGCACCGGGCAGUCGUGCGCAAUCAUUGGAUCGCAACAAGUCAUAUGAGGCCAGCACAACAAUCAUACGCAAAUCCGCUGGGGAUUACUACAAAUCCAAUAGCAAUAGUAGCGGUGGUGCAAGCGGACGUGGUCAUCAUCAUGGUGGCGCGCAUGGUGCGCAUGUUGCCACCGCACUAUCGGCAAGCACAUCGAAUAUACCGCUUGAGACGCAGCAGCAGCAACAACACUCAUCAUCAGCGCAGAUAAUACAUUUGCAAACGUUGAAGACAUCGCUGGCAGCCAACAACAAUGCAACACUAUCAUCCGGUAAUAGUAGCUACACAAUUGCCACAAAUAAUGCUGCUCAUCCAAAUGCCAUUGCCGCUGACGACGAAGAUAUCAUCGGUGAAGAGGUGCGUCCGACGCCGGUGAACACACAAGAUUUGCGUUUGCGCAUCUUGCAUGCCGUGCAGCAGGAUCACACCUAUGCCAAUGCCAUGCCCACUCAUCUCUCGGGUGCUGAGAGUGCCAAGGGUAGUGUUGGUGGCGUGAAUGCGCAAGCCGUUGCUGGCGGCACACACAUGCAAAUGGGCAAAGCGGGCGCCACAGCGAAUAGUACAAUCCACUCGGGUGCUACGAUGCAGUCACAUCUGCAAACGGCGCUGGCGUCCAAUUCCGUUGGUGGCGCUCAGCAGUGGUCACUGGGCGGCAUUGGUGCUACUGUGGCUGCGGCGGCGGGACAAACAGGGCUGAGCAAUAUGCUGCCCACGCCACCGUCAAGCGGCCAGUCGUCAUACACUUUGCACGGACAACAAAUACCCCGCAUGCAACAGGAUGACGAUGCACAUUCGGCCAUAAGUAAUGGUUCACGCGUUGCUACCGGCGAUAUUGAUCCUGGCGAAGAGACCGAAACCGCACCCGAAGCCGAAGCUGAAGACGAUUCGGUGACGCGUUGUAUCUGUGAUUUGACACAUGACGAUGGCUAUAUGAUAUGCUGUGAUAAGUGCUCCGUUUGGCAACAUGUCGAUUGUAUGGGCAUCGAUCGUCAGAAUAUACCCGAUGAAUACCAGUGUGAAGUCUGUCAACCGCGACCGGUGGAUAAGGCGCGAGCGCGUUCGCUACAACUAAUGAAACGGAAGGAGCAAACUCAGCUUUUACUUUCUGCACAAUCGGCACAUGCAACCGGUUCCACUGGCGCAUACUUGGGUGGUGCAAGCGGAGCUGCCAACCUAAGUGGUGCCAACUAUCAGUUGCCAGAUGGACAACAAAGACAUCUCGUUGGCAGUAACGCGAAUUCAUUUUUGUUGGGUAGCGGUAGCGAAGGCAACAUACACGGACUGCCAAACAACACGCCACUCGUCACGACCAAGAAGGGUAAGGUGCUGAAGAAGACCGCCAAAGAUGCGGCUACUGGCAAGAAAUCGAAGAAAGCCGACAAACUGGCCGCUCUGGGUGGCAAACCGCCGCGCAAGGACUCCACCGGCACCAAGAAGACAACGAAACGCAAAACGAAGAGCGGUGAUGGGUUGAGCGCUAGCGCUACAGCGGCGGAGAAGCAUGCAGCCAAUUUGCGGCAAUGGAUUGAGAAUUACGAAUUGGCUGUCACCAAUCACUAUUCGCCUGAGUUGCGUGCACGCCUGCACGCCAUCACCAAGCAACCAAGUCUGCUGCAAAGCAUACUUAACACGGAGAAUCGUGCGCUGAAGGAGUACUGCAACAAUGGGCUGGAGAAUCGUGGCACCACCGUUCCACAUGCAGGCGGUAAAAUACUUAUUAGCAACAUGGAUAUAGCGCCGAGUUGCCCCAUAUUCGAGUUGCGCGGCAAGUACAUGCUUAGUCCGCAGUAUAAGACACAAAACGCGUCGGUGAAUAUGAAUUCGCCGCCACCGAGCAAUUUUCUAGCAGCCACACUGAAAGCGCAUAAAACGCCCGGUCCCUUCAUUUUCUUCUACCAGCUGCCGGACGCUGAGGCGCCCAUGCAAACCAUGAAUCAAGAUGGCUCUUACCCGCCAUUGCCGCCACAGCCGGCUUACCUCAAGGGUCCGGAGAUAUGCGUGGACACACGUACCUACGGCAAUGAGGCGCGUUUUGUGCGGCGCUCAUGUCGACCGAAUGCCGAGAUACAGCAUCUCUUCGAGAAGGGCACCAUACAUCUGUUCAUUGUGGCCACGACACGCAUACGCGCCAGCACCGAAAUCACCAUUAAGCAUGAGCCACACGAUUUGUUGGCGAUCGAGAACAAGAAGACGACCGCAAGCAAUUGCAUUGUGCAGCCCACCAGCACAGCAUGCGCUUGCGGCCUACUCAAGGAUUGCCUCUUCGGUCCACCGCCGACGCAACAGUCUUUGGGCGCGGGUGGCGCAACGAAAUCCAGCAGUCGCAAGUCAUCGCUCUCCACCACCUUGAAUGGCGGUGUACAGCUGAACAGCAGCGCAGCGGCUAUGCAACUCACGAUGGGUGGUUUGCCAGCCGGCAGCAAUAAGAAGAAGAGCGCCGCGCAGAAUAUCAAUCGCAAUCGUUCGACUUCGUCCAGUGGUGACAGCAGCAUCGGUGCAACCGUUGCGCCCGGCAUGAAUAGUCCAAGCAUUGCUUUGCCGCCGGCGCAGCUGAAUAUGAACGCCGCCAACUCGCUGAGCAAUAGCACGUACAAGAGUAAUGGUGGUCUGAAUAUUUUGUCGACGCAUGCACUGGCUGCCUCAGCCGCCGUACCCAACAGUAAUGGCAAUAUGAGCGCCACUUCCUCGGUAUCGAGCGUAAUGCACGAUUCGGGUAUUUGCACUUCGUCAUCGUCGCCAUCCGUGUCCAUACCAUCGCCGACCACCUUACACAUGCACUCACCGACGCCACAGACGCAGUCGCAACAACAACAACAGCAACCACAGCAGCAGCAGCAGCCAGUACCAACAGCAGCGGGUGUACAACGCGGCAGCAACGGCGCACUCUUCGUGCAACACAGUCCACAGCAACAGCAACAACAUCAACAGAUUUUAGGCGCAUUGCCAACACCGUUGCUACUAUCGCCGUCACAACAAUUGUCGCAAUUGCCACAACAACAGCAACAACCACAAGCGGUUGUGGCUAACAGCACAAGCGCGCCAUUGUUGCAGGAAGUGACGAGCGCUGAAACAGCGACGCCUACAGCAUUGACGCCAGUCAGUGGCCAAACGCAGCCGCAAACGAAUUUACUCACACAACAGACGCAACAAGAACAACAAGUGCAUCACAGCGAACUCGCUGGUCCGACAAUAAGUGAUGCGUCCUUGGCCGCGGCAGCAGCACUGCAAUCGCUCAACACUGCCGUGACGCUGACCAGCAGUUGUGCGCCAUUAGCGUCAAGUGUUGCAAUAAACAAUAAUGUUGUUGUUGUUACACCUGAAAUUGCAACACCAAGCGUCGUAGACACGGCAGACGUGGACCAGCAGCAGCCACAGCAACAACAACAAACACAAUUUUAUGUUGCCACCGAAAUGCAGUCAGCACAGCAACAGGACAUCGUGGAUGGUGUUAGCAUGCAAGCGGCAACGCUUCAACAGCAACAACAAACACAGACAUUAACUACGGUGGAGCUACCACCUCCUUCCCAGACACACGCUCCUCUCGGUGCUGUCUCGCCGAACGCUGGACCGAAAUCGCCACAGAAACACAGCAAUAACGCAACGAACGCCGCGUAUGUGUCAGCAAACAGCGCGCGUAGCCAUAAAAUACCAGGCGCCAAGUCUUCGAGUUCACGCUCCACAAGUUUCUCCGAGGACGAUCAUCAACAGCAACAACACAACGCCAGCAGCGGUAGCCUAAAUGACGACACAGUUGUGACGCCAACUUCAAAGGAGAAGCCGAAGCUCUCACGCGAGGAUCGCAAAAUGGAAGCCAUACUGCGCGCCAUUGAGAAAAUGGAACGUAAUCAGCAGCGAAAGAAUCAAACAAAAUCUGGCGGCGGUAGCGCAUCUUCCGGCGCCACCAAGCGCCGCAAUAGCAACAGCAAUUCACCAACCACGCCCACAAAACGUAGCAUGGGCGAGCUGAGCAGCAGCAGCGGACGCGUGUCGGCGGCAAAUGCGCGCAAGAAAAAACGGAAAGCGCACAAAUCGUACAGUGGUCAUAGCGCACAGGCGCGUAAACGGCGCAAGAGUCGCAUGAAUAGCAGCAAUGAAUCUGCGGACGGCGCGGGUCAUAGCAACAUCAAUGUACAUUCAGAGGCUGAGUCAACAUCGCUGUUAUCGCCAGCUGCGCCACUGGUGCCAACUGCGUCCAUUUACCAUGCGGAGCACAACGACACCGCAGUGACCACUAAUGAAGACCAAGCAGCUGGAUUGCUGCUUGCUUUUGCCAAUCCCAAUCUGAAAAUGUCGCCCACACCACAACAGUCACCUCAAGCGGUGGCAUCACCUACCGCUCAACAGCAGCAGCAGCAGUACGCGCCGCACUACGCCUUGGAACAAUUGAAAUCGCCACAACACAGAGCGGCAACUAGCGUCGGCAAUGGCGCCUCACCGCCAGCCACGCCAGUGAGCUCCGCCUGCCUGCUGAUCGAAGCGGCGGUUGGACCACUGCAAGAGCACAUGGACGGUGCCAGCCCAAGUGGUGAGUUCAAAUACCCCAAUAAAACCAAAACGAAGAAAGUACUCAUGUCCAAUUGGCUGCUAAAUCAAGUAGAUGCCGACAACAGUGGCAGCGACUCGCCACCGCCUGCAGCGCCAACACCACCACCACCUUCAGUAAUGAAUAGUAGCGGUGCGGAUGCAGUAGUGCCGCAAGAAACCGCAUUGCCAAGUGGCGCAAUGCUGGGCUUGGACUCAUUGGUACAAGCGGCCACAAUGUGUGACUACAGGAAGCAGCACAACGAGGCGGACAGCGCCAGCUACAUGCCAAACGAGACACACUGUGGCGCCCCAAUGAGCGUGGAUGAACCCGAGAAUCUCAGCAUGGCAGCGCAGAAAGUCGAAGAAUUCAUACAGCAAACAGAGCGUGGCAAUAGCGGCGUCUACAAUGCGGCAACGAACGCUGGUGCCCCUCAGGGUACCUCACGCAGCCUGCUCCAUUUGCCGUUGCAAGUGAGCACUUGCAGCAACAAUUCCUCUGUGAAGAAACGUUGGUUGCGCCAAGCGAUUAGUGAGGAAACCACCACAGAUGAGUCGAUGACGCCGACGUCUACUGCGGCUGCCAUGGCAGCAGGCCUGCAACAUGCCGCUUCGCCCACAACCGCAGCGGCGGCGGCCGCUCAAUUGAACGCUGUGCUGAAUGUGCCUAAUGGGUUUACGACACCACUGAAGAAGCGCCGACUUAUCAUCAGUGGCGACAUGAAGGAGGAAGAGGAUGUGGGCGGCAGCAGUGCCGCUUCACCGGCGCCUGGCGUUAAUAACCUGUUCGAGUCACCAGUGAUUGGACUAGUCAAGGCAGAACCACAAACAAAGGCGCCUAGCGCCGAACAUGGUACGCCGAGCGAGAGUAUGCUAACAACGGCAACGAGUAGCGAUGCCGAAGUGGAUGUGUUGAAUGUGAACAGUAGCGAAGCGCCGAGGACCUGCAUAAAGAAUGAGGCUGAGACGAGCGAUGAGGAAGAAAUCGAUGAAGAGGAGGAUGAUGUGGAGGAAGAGCGCGAUGAUGUCGAUGUGGUUGGUGGUGUGGGCGUUAAUGAGUUGCAAACUUCGGCUGCAACAACAACAAUAGCACAUGUAACAAAUAAAUGCUUGAAGCAAGAAGUGUCUGCAAAGGAAGAACUAUUGUUGGAAGAGGCGGAACAGCAGCAGCCAGCAGCAGACGAGUUGAAAACCGAAGCCAUGCUCAUUGAUCAGGACGAUGAUGUGGAUAUAUUGCGUUCGCCUAGUCCAGGGCAUCAACAAAUGCUCGCCGCCGAAGACAAUCUGGUGAAAAUUGAACCGGAAGACACCAGCGGCUGCGAUGAUGUUAAAAUCGAUGUGGAGCGUGAAGAAAGUUUGGCGGGUGAUAAAUUCGAAGAGAUGGUGCUAAUGCAAGUAAAGAAAGAAGAGUCGACAAGUGAAGUUACCGAACGUCUGGUUACCAUCAACACACACACAGAUGAAGCUAAAGUCAAUGUGGCAGAAGCUGAAAAACUCAUCAAACCGGAUUUGAUUGAAGAAAAUGCCACAGCGGCGGAUGAGAAACCCUACAAACAGUUGUUCGGUGCGCUGGAAUGCGUUGAAAAAGUCGAGUCACCAAAGAAGGAGGAACAAACUGCAACUUCUACAGCAAGUAAACCCAAAGUGGAGACUCAACCAACUUCGAAUACAGUCGAAACUGCACACCAUAAUGCGGUUGAUGAGGAACGCAUAUCCACCACACCCACCAAAACAUCACCUUUGAAAUUGCUCUCACUCGAUGGCACCAGCCUGAUUUCGCCUGAUGAGCCACUCAAGAAGCGUCUGAAGUUGGAGACUUCCACAGUGGAGACAUCUUCCACGCCGAUGGAGGUGCAACAAACUUCAUUGCUGAAACCGUUAUCAGCGCGUAUACACGAAAUGCCAAAACAAAGCGAGAAUAAUGAUAUUGUGCCACCAACAACAACAGCUGCCACUACUGCACCCAUCGCUUUAGCCAAGCCCACAGCAGCACUUAAAGUAGAGAAUGCCGCAAACAAUGCGUCUGCCACAGCUGCAGCACAGCCAAAUUGCAUGACAUUUUUGGCGGCGGCCGCAGCAGCAGCUAUUGAACGCAAGCCACCACCACCGCCGCCAGUCACAACGGCUACAACACCAAUUGCUACACAGUCUACUGCAACAACUGCGUCGGCGCCUGCAAACACCAACAACACACAGUCCAUAGCGGCAGUAGCGCCUGCAGUCAACGCGUCCAACUUGGAAGUCGCUUCUGGUAAUGUCAGUGUAAAUAAUAUGACAGCGCCAUUGCCUAAUAGCGGCAACGUUUCGACAGCGCUUGCGCCACGUAAACAGAAUGCCACAAACAACAACAAUAGCAAUGAACGCAAAGCGCCGUUAACCGAUGAUGACAUACAAGCCCGUCUGCAUUCCUUCCACAAAGAGAAUAUACUGUUCUUACAGUCACGCAACAACAAAAAGUCAAAACCGAAUGUCACCACUGCAACAACAACAAUUGGUGGUGGUAACACCAACGAGUUGGUGGGUAAAAGUGCCAAGUUGUCGGAAAACAAAACGUCAGCCACAACGAAUUAUACGUCGCAUCACAGUCAUCAUCACCCGCAUGCGCAUAACGACACGGUGAAAAGUGUUGGCAGUAGCAGCAACAAACACAGCAGCACUACCAAGUCGUUCGGCAAUUCGAGCAGCGGUAGUUCAUCGUCGACGAAGAAAUUGCACAAGCGUGAUCGCAAUGGCAAAGAGCAUAGCAGCAGUAGUAGUCGUUCCUCUUCGGCGCACAGCGGCAAGUUGUCGUCCAGUUCCAGUACGAAAAAGGUGUCUUCUUCAUCAUCAUCAUCGCAUAAAAAGGAUUAUGUCAGCGGCAAGAGUAGCAGCGGCAGCACAACACCGGUGCCAAGCAGCAAGCAACAAACACAUAGCAGUGCCUCCUCGAGCUACAACAACACGAAUAACAGUGUCGCUGGUGAUAACAAGGAACGCGCCGAUGAACGCCGAGAACGCGACAAUAAUCGCGAACAGCGCAGUUUUGAUAAGGAGCGUCAUCAUCAUCGCCAUCGCACCACUUCGUCAUCGAAUGCCAACAAUACGGUGACACAGUCACAAGCACCAGCAGUUGCCAGCUCAACUACAACACCUACACCACCGCCGCCGCCCGCCAGCAAGAAGCGUCAGCUCAAUUUCGAACAGGAACUCACGAAAGAUUUGCCAUUGGUGAAUGCCGUCACCAGCAGCAGCAGUCGGCAUCGCAAAGAUAGCGGUAGCCGUGACAGUCGCGAUGAUAUGUUGAGCUCAUCCUGUUCGAGUAGCAGCAACAGCAGUUUGGCAGCGCGUAAGCGACGUGAGUCUUCUUCCUCUUCCGGUGGCGGCAGUCGGCAUCGUCACAACAGCGGCAGUAGUUGCGGCGGUGGCGUUGGCGUUGGCGCAGAGCAGCAAAAGGACGCCUUAGCUGCACAUAAAUCGGCUGUUGCUGAACAUAACGGUAUGUUAGCAGGCGCACACGUGGCGCCAUUGCCACCACCGACUUAUGUGCGUGAACAUGUCGCCAUACCGCAUUUCAACAAUGUCGUCGUCAGCGGUCCACCACCACCGCUCAUGGCGGCCUACUUCAGCGGCAUUGGCGCGGUGCCGGGCAGCAGUGUGGAUGCACCCAUCGCUACAUAUGUGCCAACACCAGCCUUGCCGCCAUCAUCAGGCAGCGCGCCGCAAACGCCGCACAAUCACAGUCUAUUAAAGACACUUCCCAUGCAGCCAGUGCUCAGCCAUUUGGCUGCAGCAGUACACAUGCAACCAACGCUGCCCACUUUGUCUUCGUCGUCCACCGGCGGCAAUGUAGCAGUGCUGCCACCACCCACGGCUACAGUGGCGCCACCAGCAAUGCACUCUCCCGGCGCCGCUGCUAGUUUGUUACCUUGCAACAGCGCCAGUGCCAAUUCGGCAGCAUCGACUUACAACAGUAUUUAUGGUAAAUUGCGUGAUACUUCGCCCGUCAUCGUGCCGCCGACUUUGAGCGCUGUGACUGCGGCGUUAGCAGUUCCAGCAGUAACACCAGUUACCGGUGGCAUUGUUGGCAAAACUGCCGCCGCUACCGCUGCACCAGCUGGUGUUUCAGCGAACAUCAGCCUCUCUGAAUAUUUGGACACCAAAGUGAAGAGCUACAGCACCACAUUGGGCGGCUAUGUUACACCAGCGCACACCUAUGUUGGUGCUGCUGGUGGCAGUGGCACGCCUAACGUGCCCAGCAAAACAACGACAAACAACACAGUGAGCACUAGCGUCGCCAGCGUUGAAAAUAUAACCACCGUGUCGACACCACUCGAAUCACCAGUUGCCAGCAAAUUGCCAACACCACUCAAAUUGCCGCUAACCCGAACCGCUAGUCACGAUCCGCGUCUCAAUCCACAACUGAAUGCGCCCGAACCACCACCGGCGCCCAAACGUAAACUCUCCAUCAAUGAGUACCGUAAACGUAUGCAGCUAUCAACGGAUAGUACAACGCCAUCAACACCCGAACCACCGGCGGCUGUGAGUAGCACAGCAACAACACCAGCGGCACACAUGACGCCCGCUUCGUUGAACAACAGCUUUGUGCAGGCUUACAAUAGCAUUGUGAAUGCUUCGCCUGAGGAGAUGGCGCGUCAAUUGUCAGCAUCGCCAACAACACUAACACUCAACAAGUACACGCUCAAUUCGCCGGAGCGCAAGCGGCGACACAGUGGCUCGGAGAAGGAGCAGCGGCAUAGCGUGUCUUAUGAGGAUGCGUCGGGACUCUUGAACAGCAGCACCGGCAGCAGCAGCAGUUGUGGCAAUGCGAGUGAUACGUCGUUGACGAAUUUGAAUCACGAAGACGAUGGUAGAAAAGGUCAAUUCAGCGCAGCACCCACAUUGCUGGAGAAACAACAGGAGAAGCUUUGCGAACGUUUAAAAUUGUUGCGCAACAUGAAAAAAGGUGUGGCAUCGCUAAGCAGCGCCGCCAGUGAGUUUGCGAAUCUCAAAAAAGACUGUGAUCUCUAUGUGAAUCGUACGAAUAGCAUCUCGUCCACUGACAAUUUGGACAAUUGUCUCGAAGAAAUCUCCUCUUCGUCCUCCUCGUCAUCGUCCACAUCACGUGCCUCUUCGCGUGAGGCUAGCCCCGAACACAGUGGUGUUGUCAGCAGCAGCAGCAAUGCAAGUGUGUGCAAACGUGCCACCAGCACCACCGGCAGCAAUCAUAAGUGGCUGCAUGAGCCGGAAACAACAACGAAAUCGGCGCGUGGUGACACACCGACCAGAGAUGAUGUGUUACUGGCGGCGACGGCGUCAAGAUGUGGCAGCGAGUCGGCGACGUGAGCGCACCAAGGCAUAGGCAACGACAUGUACGAUGUUAAUGUGGUGGAAAAAAAGGUGGAAGCCGCGACGGCAGCAGCAGCAACAGCAGCAAGUGUGUUGCAGCGUGGCACAGUACAGCGUAGACGCGUUGGUUGGUAAGGUUAUACUACUGAUAAGUCAAGCAAGCAAGAAUGAUAAGAACUACAGUUCUUCGGCUAAACUCUACACUAUGUACCGGAGGCAUAUGAGCAAAAACAAAACAAAUGCAAUAUUCAUGUUGAUUUCGCUACAAGGCAGUAACGUUUUUUUCCCCUAACCUCCCAACUUUUAUUGUGACUAUUUGAAAGAAAAACAAAAUAAUGAUUUUUGUAAAUUUCGUUUGCUGUUGCAUUCUUUAAAAAUGCAUAGACAAAAUGUACAUAUAUGUAUGUAUGUAUGUAUAUGUAUAUAUACUGGCUUAUAGCACACAGAGCGAAAAUUUGUGAAAUUACCAGAGAAAAAAAUGCGUGAAACACAAGUAAACUUAACGAAUCGAAAAGCAAUAAAAAUGAAAUUCUGUUGUUGAAGCGUUGCAUAUAUAGUAUUUAUAUAUAUGUUUCCAAUACAAUAUUGGAGCGCUAUGUUGAAACAAAAAACACAUUAAUGUUAAAGAAUUUCAAUUUCCUUAUACGCCCGCCCCCAUUACAACCUACCUAGCUUCGUAUACACAUCCACACCCACUCAUACUGAAAAACCCUGAAAUAGCUUAAGUUUUUUAGUUUAACGGUAACUAAUAUUAAUAAUGAAGUUUAAUGGCUAAUGUAAAUAAUACAAAAAUUAAUGUUAGUUCAAUUACAAUUACAGCGUGUGUGUAAAUAAUUAAUACAAAAUUAAUAUUAGUUAAUUUGCAAAACAACAACAAAAAAACAAAAAAACAGGCGGUGAAGUGUUUUUCAAGCCAGCACUAAUUAAGUGAUCCAGCAGUGACGCAAGCAAGUUGUUUGGAAAUUUAAUGAUUUGAAAUGCUUCAAUAGAAAACAGUGAAUGAAAAGUGGAAAAGGUAUAAUUUUAGUUCCAAUA